CGUCACUCUUCUCCCAGCUUUUCCCCCAAAUCGACACCUGCCGUCGCCUCUCCGGCGGCCGCCCCGUUCCCCUCCAAAAUCCGGCGGCCGCCGCCCUCCGCCUCGAUUCUCCCUUUGUAGCUGCGGCCACCACCCUCCGCUUCGAUUCUCCCUCCCUCUGUAGCUGCUGCCACCGCCCCGUCUGGCCGCCGUCCCCCUCCCAUGCCCUAAUUAAGCCAGGAGGCGAAGUAUGUCGUCGGAGUGGUAUGGCUGCGGGCCGUUUGAUAGAUGUGUGGGUUCUUGUAUUUCCGAGGGCUUCAACCUCUGCCGGUGUUACGAUGAAUCUGACCAAGAGGCAUACUGGGCCGACUGCUGCCUGGAGCCCUCCUCGGACUCCAGGGCCGGAUUUUCCGAGGCAUUCCUCGCCUCCGGCAGCAAGUCGCCCGAGAAGAUCUGGGACGACUGGGCAGACGGCGCAACCUCCAACUCGACCGCGAUUCCGCGGGCCCCGGUCGUCGCCACCGCGCCCAAGGAAUGGGGGGACUCCGGCGGCUUGUCCGAGGCAUUCCUCGCCGCGGGCAGCAAGUCGCCCGAGAAGAUCUGGGACGACUGGGCUGACGGCGCAACCUCGAGCUCGACCGCGAUUCCGCGGGCCCCUGCCGUCGCCAGCGCGCCCAAGGAAUGGGGGGACUCCGGCGGCUCCACCUCGCACUCGAUGUCGAUUCCGCCGGCCUUGACUCUCACCGACGUGACGCUGGCGGAUGGAGGCCGCGCAUUCGACUGCAGCGCCUGCUGCCUGCCGCUGAAGCCGCCCAUCUUCCAGUGUGACCAGGGGCACACGGUGUGCCUCACAUGCCUCAAGGCUUUAUCCUGGGAAGGGUCAGCCGCAGCAGCGAGGUGCAACGUUUCCGGCGGCCACCACACCGACGGCUACCGCCGGAACCAGCCCUUGGAGAAUGCCGUGGAGGCCAUCUGUGUGACGUGCCCCAAUGCCGCCUACGGCUGCACCGACCUGCUGACUCGCUACUUCCUGCCCACGCACCGACGGUCAUGCAGUUACGCGCUCAUUGCUAGCUGCCCACAGGAAGCCUGCAGCUUCAUCGGCUCCGCGGAGGCCCUUCUGGAUCACUUCAUCUCCGUGGAGAAGUGGCCAUACACCGCCGAGACCCAGGCCGGGAAGAGCUUCGACAUCCACCUCUUGGGCGGCUUCAAUGUCGUCGGUGCCGUCCGUGGCACCAGCCAGCACCUGCUUGUGCUAUUCGUGGCACGGAGGCCGUUCGGCAGCACGGUCUCCGCAAUCUGCAUAUCUCCCCAACCUAAAGACAUUUCUUGGUUGCGACCGCCACCACAGACACUGAAAUGUGAGCUUGAUCUCCACUUCCUCGCUGCUCCGAAUUCUCAGACAUCUAAACACGAUGUCAUAACCUCCUUCGAUGUACCAUGCACCAAUCCCUCACAUGGGCUCCCUGAUCCCGAUGACUUCUUCCAGUUCUCCGUGCCCAAGUCCGUUCAUCCUGACGACAAUGCUGCUAUCGAGGUCACGGCCUCUAUUACCAUCUACCAGUAGAUAAUCUGAUCUGUUCCAUCGUCUUACCCUGUUUUAUCCUGAAGCUUAGCUGGUGUGCUAGUGUUUAGUUUUGUGUAUAUGAUGGUUGAUGCCGGUAGCUAUCUCUGUAGGGCUAUGCUAAUGUAAUUCUAGUUUCAAGACUGUAAAACCGUAUUGAUGGGUGAGAUGUUCACGGCUUUAUGUUUUCGUGAGGACAAUAUAUAUCUAAUUGUUACUGAACUGUUAUGUUUAGUUAUUGAAGGUUUGAUCAAA